AUGACACGUGGUCGUUCAUGGGCUACGUGGCGCUGCACGAGUGGGUCAAUGGCUACCGAGAGGUCGUCUCGUUCCAAGGCGACGUCGCCACGUUCAACUUGAUGUCGGAGCGCAUCGAGCCGAUUCCAUUUCGCGCCAAAACGAUCGAAGUACCCAAAAGCACGUGCAAGUACCUCUACGUGGUCGCCAUUACAACGUCGGUGGUGCUUGUGGGAGUGGCCUGCAUCACGGCAGCGUACGCUCUGCUUCAGCCAACUCCAUACGCCGACGGCUCGCAUCUGUUCAUGUACAAUCGCGUUGCCGGGUCGGUGUGGGUCGGUCGACCAUUGUUGCUGCUUCGCGCGGCGGCCGCCAUUACUAUGCUCAGCACGACACCUCUGCGCACAUUGGGAUUCUCGCAGGCGAAGCCACGUGGGUAA